GAUGUACAGGAUUUGAUGGCUAAGAAGGAUGGUGGUGGUGAGAAGGCAGCUGAACAGUCUGUGAAGAGGGUGCACAAAGAGAGGCAAUGCAGAUGUUGUGGCAAGACUGGCCACAAUGCGCAAACCUGUACUGCAGAAAUUGUAGAUCUAGAUAAUAGCAACACUUCUGAAUAGCACUGUAGGCUAUAGU